AUGUCCUACUGUCAAACUCCAGAAAGAAGGCGUCGGAACGUGACGACCCCAUCGCCCAGAAUGAACCGUCCAAACAACAUGCCUAGAGCUUUCACCGUCCAAGGAUACUCUAUCGCACCAAACCCUUGUUUUGGACCUAGCAGAUGCUCAGUCAACCCACAUUUUGGGGUACCUGCCAAUCCAUCACCACACUACAAUACUUGCUUCGUCUCUGCAUCCUCACUUAGGAAAGCGUACCCACAGAUGUCUCAUCCUAGAAAUUAUAAUUGUUUGAAAAUGAACCGUCCAAACAACAUGCAUGGAGCUUUCACCGUCCAAGGAUACUCUAUCGCACCAAACCCCUGUUUUGGACCGAGCAGAUGCUCAGUCAACCCACAUUUUGGUGUACCUGCCAAUCCAUCACCACACUACAACACUUGCUUCGUCUCUGCAUCCUCGCUUAGGAAAGCGUACCCACAGAUGUCUCACCCUAGAAAUAAUGGUUUUAAGUGA